AUUCCCAUCACUGUGAAAAUUUCUGGAGAUUAUGGGGAAGAAAAGCUUAGGCCGUCAGAAGGUGGAGAUGGUGAAGAUGAAGAACAAUAGCAAUCUCCAAGUGACCUUCUCGAAACGGCGUUCGGGUCUUUUCAAAAAGGCCAGUGAACUUUGUACUCUGUGUGGUGUUGAGAUUGGUAUCAUCGUCUUCUCACCGGGGAACAAAGUUUUCUCCUUUGGUCACCCGGAAAUCGGCAACGUUAGCGGUCGGUACCUCAACUGCAACCCUCAAGCUCAGGAUAAUUCUGGUACUUUGCAUAUCAUGGAGGCUCAUCGAAAUGCUCAUGUUCGUGAACUCAACAUGCAACUUACUGAGUUGACGAGCCAAAUCGAAGUCGAGAAAAGGCGCGGCGAGGAGCUCAACCACAUGCGAAGGGCGAGCCAAGGGCAGUGCUGGUGGGAGGCGCCGGUCGAGGAACUUAGCCUGCCGCAACUCCAGCAGCUGAAAUCGGCGUUGGAAGAGUUGAAAAAGAACGUUGCAAAGCAAGUGGAAAAGCUUCUGAUUCAGACUACCAACUCCCAGCAGUUGUUCAUGGGGAGUUCGAGCGCCGCCGCCGGGGUGUUUCCCGAUAACAUCGAAUUGGACGUGAACAUGAUGCCUCAGGGAUACAAUCCUCCUCCUCCCAAUAUGAUACCUCCUGGAUUCACUUUCAACCUCAAUCCCGAAGGAUACAAUCCUUGUCCUCCUGGAUUUGGACAUUCAUUCUUCUAAGUAAUUUAAGUUACUUUCUUUUGGAAUAAACAAAGAAUUCAGUUACAGUGUGUUUGGUUUUAUGUAUGUAUUUUUGUCCUUCAUGUUGGUUCU